AUACGCGCUCAUGAAUCUUUUAGAUCUGAAAAUUGAGCCUCUUCCCAAGGCUCUCAAGAAAAGAGCAGAAGCGGAACUCGGGGAAACUCCGGAAGUAAAGGAAAGAGCAUUAAAGGAGCUGAAAGACCUUAUUAAGGGGAUUCCAAACAUUGAUCCAUUAACUGAAGAUGCUUUCCUGCUAAGAUUUCUUAGGGUAAGAAAAUAUGAUGUACAAAGAACAUUAAAGACUUUGUUAAAGUAUUACAAUUUCAACAAAGAGUAUUCCAAAGUUUACGCAAAUCUUCUGCCAUCGGAACUGAAACCAAUUUUGGAUCUGAACCUGCUAUGUGUUCUUCCGAAAAAGCACCCUUCUGGAGCUAUAAUUUUCUGGAAUAAAUGUUCCAAUUUGGAUUUAGACGUGGGCAAGGUUGAUGAUGUUGGAGCUCUUGGAAUAUUGUUUGGAGAAAUAUACUUAUUGCAGGAAUCAGUCCAAGUGAGCGGGGCUCACGUUAUUAUAGAUUUCAAAGACUGCAGUUUACAACAACUGUAUAAUAUCUUGUCCAUUACCUUUCUCACAAGGUUUUUCAAGUAUCUACAGGAAUGUUGGCCAUAUCGACUCAAAGGCUUCCAUAUAAUAAACGAGCCUCUAUACGUGCAUUAUGUAUACCGGAUUAUAAAGGUUUUUCUGACAAAAAAAUUAAAAGAAAGGUUUGUCAUGCAUGGUACUGAUAUGAAAUCUUUAUAUAAAUAUAUCCCACAAGAUGUCCUUCCCUCAGAAUUUGGAGGAACAGGCGACCCAGUUAACGACGAAGAAUUCCGGAAUUUCAUUCUCAGUUAUGAAUCUUACAUUCAGAAGCUCAAUCAGUUUGGUUUCAAGACUAAGUCAACAGAAGUGCAACACAGUGACUCUCAAAUCUUAAACACACAGUGACGUCUAUCCUUUUCUGGGAUAUUUUAUGUCACACCUUUCCAGUGCGCAUAGAAAAUUGACUACCGAUAUGUUAAAGCUAUAUUUAUUCUGCCACAUAAAAUCGCAAUUUAACAGCAGAAUUAACAUACUGCAUUUCUCUAAAUUGCUCUAUGCAGGGUAAGUGGAAAAAGAAUCAUCCUGUUAUAAAUUAUUGUAGUUAACAAUGCAACAGUUGUCUACUUAUCUGUGAUGCAUCAAUUAAACUAUAACUAUCCAAGCUUCAUAAAUAUGACACUGGAAUACCCUUAAUGAGCGCGUGAGCCAUAAUACACUUGGCUAGUAUACAAGUUCUGAGCGAAACUUUUUUUAGUGUAUCUGUGUGUAUGUGUUCUGCAGUAUGCUACAGACAACAUCUUCAAUUACGGUUCAAUUAAAUUUUUGCCGACUGAGAUCAUUCAGCAAAGCAGAGUAUGUUACAAUGGUUUCGCCAAUUUUAAGUGUACAGGAAGUCUACAUUAAGAGCGACAGUGUGGAUUGGCUACAAAUCAGAAAAUGAUGAUGCGUUUCUCAAUACCUUUUUUACCGAUUUAAGUAUUAUAUUAUUUAUUAUUAUAUAUUAUGUUAUUUAUAUCGAGCACGUCCCAUCGGAUAUGCCUUAACGUCGGUGGACCAAAAAUGACUAUAGAAUGAAUAUGUGGCAUGACAAAAUGAUCUCGUGUAGAUCAUCUACGAGAGAUGAUUCUGAGGUUCUAUUAAUUUAAAUAUACUUUUUUAUUUCAUCAGUUUUGCUGAAUUAUUGCAGUUUUCCAUCAUACCUCUAAUUUAACUGAAUACUAUUAUUCCAAAGGAAAACUAAUCUUUAAACCGUCUUCAAAGAACAAUUUUGGAACAUUUUUGUUGAACCUCAAUCCAUCUAUUUAUGGCAUGGUUAAAAUCUUAAAUCGAACACACCGUAAAUUUUUAUCAAAUGGGGCAAUAGAAUACUCCUCGCAGACGUUGGAAAACUUCUGAAGUUUCCACUUUCUUUUCCCACAAGAAAAACGGAUUACUCCUCGCACCUUCCAUGGUUACGAGAACAGUGCUACAAAACUCCACUUUCAAUCGCCAACAACCGAAUCCAGAAAAACAGUGAUACAUGGGAUAAACAUGGCAAGACUUGUCUGUGGUCGGUAACCUUGACUACAAGUUAUAGAAAAUGAACUACAGCUCAAUUCUUAGAACUUUGAAAAAACAUCUUACAUAUAAUAUAUGACAAGAAAUUUGAACCAAAAAAUAUACCCUGAGCGUCAGAGUAGCUAUGUAUGUUCCAAUUAAAUUGUAUAUUACUAUCA